GGGCCGUUUACGAAACGCCCUCUACUCUGCAUUCCCCACCAUUUGUUGUCUCCACCUUCCCUUUCAUUCAUUCCUAUUUCCUAGCAAUGAAGCCCACUCUUCCAUAACCACCAACCCAACAACCAUGAACACAUUAACCACCUAAAACAACCUUCAAAACUCAUCAAAAUGACCACAUUUUCCUUCCUUUCUUCCCUUCUAACCCUCCUUUUCCUCUCUGCCGAAUCCCCUUUCGGCCUCGGCAUCGGCAUUGGCAUUGGUGUCGGUGGAGGAGCUGGUGUUUGGAGUGCUGGAGGCGCUAACACUCAAAAUUUACCCCCACAACAAUCACCAUCAUUAACCCCAAGUCUUGACAGAGCUUAUACAGCUUUACAAGCAUGGAAAUCGGUAAUUUCUGAAGACCCAAAUGGGGUUUUAGCCUCUUGGGUUGGUCCAAAUGUUUGUAAUUAUAAAGGGGUUUUUUGUUCUUCUUUACAAGAUGACUAUAUUGGUGAUUGCCCUUCUUAUUCAUCUGUUUCAUCCAUAGAUCUCAAUCAUGCAAAUCUCAAGGGGGUUUUAGUUAACGAACUCUCUUUAAUCACUGAAUUAUCUCUACUCCAUCUUAAUAGCAACAGGUUUUCAGGUACAAUUCCUGAAACUUUCAAGGAAUUUGAGUAUUUAACUGAAUUAGACCUCAGUAACAACCAAUUUUCUGGCACAUUUCCUAAUAUUGUUCUUUAUAUGCCAAAUUUGAUGUAUUUAGACAUCAGAUUUAACAAUUUUUAUGGGUUAAUUCCUGAUGAACUUUUCAAUACCCAACUCGAUGCAAUUUUCAUCAACAAUAAUCAAUUUACUGGGCAAAUUCCUCAAAAUAUGGGCAUUUCUCCUGCUUCUGUGAUUAACUUAUCAAACAAUAACUUUUCUGGGGGUAUCCCUAUAAGUUUAGGGUAUGUAAAUACAGCAUUAAAAGAGAUCCUUUUUCUCAACAAUCAAUUAUCUGGGUGUAUCCCAGAUGGUUUCGGGUUGUUCUCAGAAAUUACAGUUCUUGAUGUUAGCUACAAUUCAUUAAUGGGUCAUUUACCUGAUUCUUUGUCCUGUCUUGAAGGUAUUGAAGUGUUGAAUUUGGCACAUAAUAAGCUAUCUGGGGAGUUACCAGAUUUGGUUUGUUCACUCAGAAACUUACUAAAUUUAAGUGUUGAAUAUAAUUUCUUUUCUGGGUUUAGUCCAAGAUGUACAAAUUUGAUCUUUAGAAGUGUUGGGUUUGAUUUUUCAUUGAAUUGCAUUCCAGGAAGAGGAAUGCAGAGGCCUCCUCCACAGUGUUAUGGUGUUCCUAGUAUGAUAGAUAAUUGCUUUAGAAUACCUUCAGCUAAGCCUUUUCUUUGUGGGUCCAGCUUGCUUGAUCUUAUUCUAGGUAUUGGAAAUGUGCCAUUUUCUCCUUGAAUUUUAGGAUAGCUUUAACAAGAUUGUUGUAAUUUGUAAUUUUGUGUUGUAAAAGAGGUUGGUUGGUUGGUUGGGAGUAUGCUAUCUUAUUUAGUAUUGAUAGUUGAUGAUGAUUCUGACCUUGAGAUCAUAAUGCCCUCAUUUGUAUGUAAUCGAUGACUUAGUAACUCGCUUUCCAUGUCAAUUUCAUCAUUGAAAAUUGUAAGGAAUUGUAUAAAGUACUAGUAUAAAAGAUAAGCAAUUUACUCAUCAUAUGUAGAGGGAUUUAUUUUUUUUUAUUCUUUGCAUAAUUGCAUCUACUUGUAUGGGAUGUGGGUUUUAAUUUUCAUCUAUAUAUGUAAAAGAAUGAUGAUAGUUCCCAUGAGUGAAAUACGCUCGGUAUGAUGACGAUGAUGAUAUGUUAGUGAAUAAAUUG